GCUUGAUGUUUUCUAUCGGUUAUUUUUGUUGGACAAUCUAGCAAUCUAAUUUGACUAAAUCGACAAGACACUACCAUGGUGUCCCUUUUCGGCCACUCUGUGUAUCACUUCGGUGUCCUCACUGUGUGGUUCUGUUUGCUGGCAGUCUCCCAGGCGGCGUAUUUUAAUGUCGCCCUAAACAAGCCAGCGUACCAACAGUACCAAUACCAGCCAGGUGACGACAGGUAUGACGCCAGUAACGCUGUGGACGGACGUAAAUCAGACCUGAGUUUGGGUGGAGGUCAAUGUGCUGGAUCACAGUCCAGACAAACCGCCACCUGGUGGGUGAACCUGAACACUAUCCAAAGCAUCCGAAACAUCACCAUCUACUUCAGGACGGACAAUGAUCUACAGGACUUUUAUGGUAGGUGGUCAAGAGACCUCCUUGGAUUCUCGGUGUACGUCUCCAACACAACAGACAGACUACAGGGAACACUGUGUUACAAGGACGAUAACUUUACAGCACUCACCAUACCUGCUGUCUUCACCACCACCUGUCCUGUUCAUGGACAGUACGUCAUCUACUACAACGAGAGACUACCAGGAGUUACCUACCCUAGAGGGUACACUAAAAUUGUUAACAGUAACCUCUGUGAAGUGGAGGUGUAUGGAUGUCCUGGAGGGUUUUACGGGGCUAAAUGCUCUAUCGCCUGUCCAGAUACCAAUUGUUAUUGUCACUUAGAGACGGGCACCUGUAUGGGCUGCAAACCUGGGUAUCAAGGUUACCUGUGUAAAUUAGCGUGUGGUCGAGGAUAUUAUGGUGCAGAGUGUCAACAAGUAUGUGGACACUGCCGUGACCUAUCUCAUUGCGUCCACACUAACGGGUCAUGUUCAACUGGAUGCGUCGCUGGUUAUAGUGGAGAAAUGUGUACAUCGCAUUGCCCAUACGGAUUCUUUGGACAAGAUUGUGCUAACAGAUGUAACGACACCUGUGAUGGUUGUAACAGAUUCAAUGGUUCUUGUGACUCUGGGUGUAACCCCGGAUGGCAGGGAUAUGACUGUCAAGAUACUUGUGUAAAAGGAUCAUUUGGUGAUAACUGCAUUGGGACAUGUGGAUAUUGUCGUGAUGUAGACAAGUGUUCCAAUAUCAAUGGGAAAUGUUUGACUGGAUGUGAUGCUGGUUAUAAAGGAGAUUUAUGUAAAACUCCUUGUUCAUAUGGAUUCUUUGGAAACGAUUGCGCUGACAGAUGUAACGACACCUGUGAUGGUUGUAACAGAUUCAAUGGUUCUUGUGAUUAUGGCUGUAACCCAGGAUGGCAAGGACAUGACUGCCAAGAUGCAUGCGACGCUGGAUUUUAUGGUGCAAGCUGUAGUGAAACAUGUGGUAGGUGCCGUGACGAAAGACAGUGCGUUCAUACCAAUGGGACAUGCUUAACCGGAUGUGAUGCUGGUUAUAAAGGCGAUGUGUGUAAAACACCUUGCGGGCGCGGAUUUUUUGGAGAAAACUGCAUUAAUGAAUGUAUCAAAGCAUGUGAUGAUUGCAAUGAUGUCAAUGGUCAGUGUGAUUCUGGAUGCUUCCCAGGAUGGGCGGGAUAUUUCUGCCAAAAUGUUAAUGUCGCCCUCAACAAACCAGCGUACAUGCUGAACCCAUACCUAGGUUACGACAGAUAUUACGCAAGUAACGCUGUGGACGGACGUAAAUCAGACCUGAGUCCGGGUGGAGGUCAAUGUGCUGUAUCACAGCCCAGACAAACCGCCACCUGGUGGGUGAACCUGAACACUAUCCACAGCAUCCACCACAUCACCAUCUACUUCCUGACGAACAAUGAUCUACAGGUUUUUUAUGGUUUGACAUCAAAAUACUUCCUUGGAUUCUCGGUGUAUGUCUCCAACACAACAGACAGGCUACAGGGAACACUGUGUUACAAGGACGAUAACUUUACAAUAUUCACCAUACCUUCUGUCUUCACCACCACCUGCCCUGUACAUGGACAGUACGUCAUCUACUACAACGAGAGACUACCAGGGGUUAUCUACCCUAGAGGGUACUCUACAAAUGUCUUCAGUUACCUCUGUGAAGUGGAGGUGUAUGGAUGUCCUGGAGGAUUUUACGGGGCUAACUGUUCUACUGCCUGUCCAGAUACCAAUUGUUACUGUCACUUAGAGACGGGCACCUGUCAGGGCUGCAAACCUGGGUAUCAAGGUUACCUGUGUAAAUUAGCUUGUGACAAAGGCUGGUAUGGUCGCGAAUGCAGUGAGAGUUGUGGACAAUGCCGUGACGUCGACAGAUGCCUCAACACUAAUGGAACAUGCCUGACUGGAUGUAGCGCUGGUUAUAGGGGACACAGGUGUCGCACACGAUGUCCUAAAUUGUUUUGGGGAGAGAAUUGUGUUAAGAAUUGUCCUGACAAAUGUAACGGUUGCAACAAUAUAAAUGGUUUAUGUGAUUUUGGAUGUGUCCCGGGCUGGAAUGGAUAUCUCUGCAAUGAAGCGUGUGGUCGAGGAUAUUAUGGUGCCGAGUGUCAACAAGAAUGUGGAUACUGUCGUGACCUAUCUCAGUGCUUCCACACUAACGGGUCAUGUUUAACUGGAUGCGACGCUGGUUAUAAUGGAGAACUGUGUACAUCUCCUUGCCCAUACGGAUUCUUUGGACUGGAUUGUUCUGACAGAUGUAACGACACCUGUGAUGGUUGUAACAGAUUCAAUGGUUCUUGUGAUUCUGGCUGUAACCCCGGAUGGCAGGGAUAUGACUGUCAAGAUACUUGUGAAAAAGGAUCAUUUGGUGAUAACUGCAAUGAGACAUGUGGACACUGUCGUGACAUAGACAAGUGUUCCAAUAUCAACGGGACAUGUUUAACUGGAUGUGCUGCAGGUUAUAAAGGAGAUGUAUGCAAAACGCCUUGUCCAUAUGGAUUAUUUGGAAACGAUUGCGCAGACAAAUGUAACGACUCCUGUGAUGGUUGUAACAGAUUCAACGGUUCAUGUGAUUCUGGCUGUAACCCAGGAUGGCAAGGACAUGACUGCGUAGAUGCUUGCGAUAAAGGGUCAUUUGGUGAAAAGUGCAAUGAAACAUGCGGACACUGUCGUGACAUUAUAAAGUGUUCCAAUAUCAACGGAACAUGUUUAACUGGAUGUGAUGCUGGUUAUCAGGGAGAUUUAUGUAUAACACAAUGUGACAAAGGAUCCUUUGGAUUUGACUGCAAUGAAACAUGCGGACGCUGCCGUGAUCUAAACCAAUGCUUCUAUAUUAAUGGAACAUGCCUAACCGGAUGUAUUGCUGGCUUUCAAGGGGAUUUGUGUAAAACACCGUGCCAGCACGGGUUCUUUGGAGAAAACUGCUUCUAUAGAUGUCUCGAUAACUGUGCAGGUUGUAAUGAUGUAACUGGUAGGUGUGAAAAUGGAUGUCUCGAAGGGUAUUCAGGAUACUUCUGCGAAAACGCAUGCCCGUAUGGAUUGUUUGGACAAAAUUGUACUAAAGAAUGUAACGACACAUGUACCGGCUGCAACAAUGUGAAUGGUCUGUGUGACAGAGGAUGUCAUCCAGGCUGGAAGGGAGACUACUGUGAUAUAGCAUGCGACGCUGGAUUUUAUGGUGCAAGCUGUAGUGAAACAUGUGGCAGGUGCCGUGACGAAAGCCAGUGCGUUCAUACCAAUGGGACAUGCUUAACCGGAUGUGAUGCUGGCUAUAAAGGCGAUGUGUGUAAAACACCUUGCGGGCGCGGAUUUUAUGGAGAAAACUGCAUUAAUGAAUGUAUCAAAACAUGCGAUGAUUGCAAUGAUGCCAAUGGUCAGUGUGAUUAUGGAUGCCUCCCAGGAUGGAAAGGAUAUUUCUGCCAAAAACCUUGUCCAUAUGGAUUCUUUGGCCAAGAUUGCAAUGAAAAAUGUAAAAACAAAUGUACGGGCUGCAACAAUGUGAAUGGUGAGUGCGACAGAGGAUGUCAUCCAGGCUGGAAGGGAGACAACUGUGAUAUAGCUUGCGACAGUGGAUCGUAUGGUGCAAACUGCAGCAAUACAUGUGGACAAUGUCGUGAUAAAAGUAAAUGCGUUCAUACAAAUGGGACAUGCUUAACUGGGUGUGAUGCUGGUUAUGUAGGCGAGACGUGCAAAAGAAGUUUGUGCUUUGAAGGGUGUCCCUCUGGACUGUCGGGAAGAUUCUGCAAUGAAAUUUCCUGCUAUGAUGGAUGUCCCUCUGGACUGUCCGGGAGAUUCUGCAAUGAAAGUAAUGUAGAUUUUGUUUGGAUAACUCUAAUAAUUAAUUGUGUAAAUUGGGUUACGAUAAAUUACCUUUGGUAUAAUAUGACUGAAUUGUCUUACCGCUGUCUUCCAAUUAUUGAAAUAGCAUUGUUCAAAAAAGGCCACCGAGUUACGAACUUGGUAACUCACGUGAUCAAGUUAUGUUACAAUUUCACAUUUUUCAAAAAUAUUUUGUAAUUGUAAAAAUUGAGACUAAAAUACCGACCUUUUUCGCGUCUGGUAGAGUAAGACAAUAACUUUAAAAGAAAAAAACCAAUUUGUACAUUAUCAAUACAGUCAAAACUGCCGUAGCGGUCACCCCUAUUAAGCAGUUACCUUUCGUAUGCGGUCAUUUUAUUUCCUCCCGAUGAAAAAUCCUAUAUAAUUGCCCUCUAAAGAGCGGUCACCUGUCUAACUCGGUCAGCGGUCAUCGUAUUUUGAUCCUAAACUGUACAGUCGACAUGCAUUAGGCGGCCAUUUUGGCCGGUCACAUGAUUUACACCCGUGGAUUUUAAACAUGGCUUCCGAAUGUCGGGUAUAAAUGUAAACAAUAAAUUGAGGCGAGAGAAUCCAAAUUAAUCGAUGUAUUUAUAAUACAUAAUUGGUAGAUCAGAUAUGAAUGGGAAUCAAGUGAAUUGUUUAAACAAGUAUUUAAACAAUAUGGUUGUUUUAUAAACAUGAAUGAGAUACAGGUGUCAAAAAUGUCCGCGGCGAGGCAAGAGAAAAUUGCUUGAUUUUAUGAUAUGAUUUUGAGUUCAGAUACGGUCGGUUAAAAUCGUAAUUGUUGAUUUGUAUUAAAGGUGUUUGUUUUCUAUACAUACGGUACUCAUGAAAAUAGUGUUAGUGUUAUAAUUGUGAAAAUGUCGGCGACAAGGUUUUACCACGUAAUGACUUUUUUGAAUAAUUUAAAGAAAUAUAAAAAUUGCAUGCACAUGCAAUGCAUUGUAAUGUAUUUCUACUUAUUUGUAAAUAUAAUAGAUACUAUAAAAACAUCAAAUCAAAUACUUUAUCUAUCAUUUUGAUACAUUAUGCUAAAUAUCAAGUAUAUAAUUGAAAAAAAACCUGAAUAAUUGUUCUAAAAAUGGAUUUGAUGUUGGCAAAUUCACAAGUCUCUAUUCAAAGGUCACCUCUGUUAAGAGGUCACUUUGGGUGCCUCCCGCAGGUGACGGCUUAAUACAAGUUUGACUGUAUUUCUAAUUUAUGAUAUUAUUAUUGAUUUUCUUCCCGAACAGCUGUCCUUGUUAUCUUACAGAUAUACCGUACCUAAUACUAAAACAUGUCAUUUUUUUCUAAUCGGGACAAUAAUAUUACAGAUGUUAUAAUAUAUGGUAAAUGUAUGUAACAACAUGGUAAGAAGGGUUCACUUGUUGAUACUUAUACUCCCUAGACAGUAUAUUUUUACAUGCACGCUAGAAGCAUGUUCAAUAUUUUUGCAUACACAUUACAAAUUUGAAAACAAUCAUAUCAAGGACAACAAUCGUGGAAAUUUUCAUUACCGCACAAACGCGACAAUCAAAUGCAUAUGAACAAUUUGAAAUCGUCUAUAAAGAAAAAUGCCAGUCUAUAACAGUGUAUCAGGUUGUAUCCGGCUGUUGUUGAAUUGAUAUCGGUGAGUAUGGUAUUCGUGAGUAAAGCCACCUGACUUGUUAAUACAUUGAAUUAUGCUCAACAAAAAAACAAAACAAGUCAACAGCCAUACAGUCAUAGACAUCUUGUCCUUGAAAAACAUAUCUAUUUUAUAUAUCACUAUUUCACAGUGAUUUUUAAGUUAGAAUAAACAUCAAGCCUAUUAUAACAAAGGAGCAACAAAAUAGUGUUGCGAUAAUUUAUCGAAUAAGCAUGAUCGUUUUCUUUACGUACUAUGCGCGUUUCUUUGAGAUAUAUCACGUGUAUUUUUGGAACGUAUGUUUGGACAUAUCUGGUAAGUAUUGGACAGAUAACAUGGCAAUAAUUUCUCAUGUCGUAAGUAUUGAUAUUUUGUGAACAGAAAUCAAACAUUCUAUAUUUCUAGAGUUUUGCUUAACGCAUUGUAAAAAUAUGACAUUAUAACAUUGAUAAUGCUCUAUAAGGUUUGAAAUAGGAAUUGUUGCUUUUAUCUUCAAUAUUUUGCUUCAAGUUGAUUGUAACCUGGUUUCUUUUUUGAUAAUUUUUUUGAUAAAUUAUUCAAAUCAUCAUGCUUUAACCUAGUUAUAUAGUGUAAUGAUUAUUGAUUCACAUUACAUUGCCUAAAUUUACAUAUUAUCCAGAUGUUUCUUUUUCAUUGUAUGAUAAUGAUUUAUGAUUGUUUAUUUUUUUCCGAAACAUUUAAUACUGUUUUUAAACUUACCAACAAGUAUAUGUUGAUCAGAUAAAUUCAAAUCUUGUUGAACAGCCUUUAUUUAGCAUUAAGGUACAUCACUAACGUUGAACUGGUUUUAUUGGUGUUUUUUGUUGUUGUUUUUUUAAAUUAUCUACAAAAUAAGAAGAAAAAGAGAAAUGAAAGAAACAUCCUAAAUAACGUCAUCUGCCUUAUAAGGAAAAAAUCAAACGCAAAAUUGGAUAUCCAAUACAGCUGCAAUUCCUUCAGUAUUCACAGCAGCCACAAUUCUUUGUGCGGUGUGCAGCUUUACUCGUGUUCAUCGCAGCAACCUUUUCUUGGACAUUCAUCGCAGCAACCUUUCCUUGGACAUUCAUCGUAGCAGCAUUAACAGAAUCACCAAUACCAUGGACAUUCACUACAGCAGCAAUUUGUUGGACAUUCGUAACAGCAAUUAAAAUUAAAUCACCUCCUGAAAAUCAUGAUGAAGAGACUGGUCCCCAUCAAAACAGAUGGAUCUCUUGGAAUACUCAAACUUCUUUCAAUAUAUGGGAACAGUCUGCAAUAUUCCGAAUAAAUCAUGACAAUCAUCAGAGACAACAUCAUCACACGAAGGUUUCGGGCAAAAUAACCCACAAGUCAUUGUACAGCAGAAAAAAAAACAACUGUAGCCAUUCAGCCUAAUGGAGUCAGUUAACAAUAGACAAACUUGGGUACUGUUUUAAAAAACUAGUCGUACAUGUGUGGCGAAGAGCGUGCAAAUUGUACUCUGUUUUUAUAUGGCCAUACGAAAGACAUUAUAAAUCAUAAAGAUAUCCAAAAAUAGAUAAAAGGUUAACGUAUUGUGACAGUCAGAAACAAGCAAAUAUGGGAAACGUUUAUGGACUUUGAUACCUACCUUUGAAUAUAUAUUGUCGUGAAUACCAUAAACCACUGACAAUUAGAAUCAAGCUAGUAUGCGAUACUAGCAUGAGCUUUGAUCGACCGACUUAUAUUUCGUUGUGGAUAUUAAAUUAAAAGCUGAUAUGCUAUACGUUAAAAGACUUUUACACUUCAAUUACACAUGAAGCGCCAUUCACGUUUGUCGUUAUGAACAGAAUCACGUUGGAUAAUUUUCUUUUUUCCCAACAAUGCAAUAUUACAUUAACUAGAAUGUUUAUUUAUUUAAAAUAUGUUUUUAUCAGAUAAUAGUUGAUUGCAAUUUUAAACAUUCUUUAUUUGUAUUUAUCACUAAAUGUCAUACAGAAUAUCUAGAGUUUUUUAAUAUUAAAACCAUAUUAUUAUAAAUGAAUCAAAACGUUUAGUAUUUUUGAAGCAAACAAAAAAAAAACCAACCAUUUUUAUAUUGAUGUGUACAUAAAACUGUUCAGUAUAUAUGAAUUAAUUUCACUUCAGUUCUGGUACAUAGUGAUACUAAACAUUCGAAUGUCACAGUGUGCUGUUAAUCUGAAUUUCUCAACAACAACAAAAGAAAAAAAAACAAUUUGAAUAGGUGUCUCAUUUUUCAAAUGGUAAUUCAGUAUUAUAUUCUUUUGCUCAUUUUAAUGUUUGAAUAUGACAUAAACAUAUGAUACAAACUCCGAAAAGAAGAGUAACAAUUUGGUGAUUCCUUUGAGUUAGAUUUUUUUUUUUGUGUUUUUUUUUUUUGCUUUAAAGAUGAGAUGCAAGAAUAAAUGACAAAAGAUAACCUUAUUUCUAGUUUCGAUUUCUAAAAUGUUUGAACUACACAAUGUUUAUCCUGUUCUGUAUAUACGAAUUUUAAUCUCGUUUGUUUAUUAUUUUUUUUUACCUGAAUACUCAAUA